GCCAACGCACCACACCGGGCUUGAGAGGUAGCUAAUGAGCACACCAGACAGCCAGCCCCUGUCCAAGAAAUCCGCUCAGAGCCGGAGACACCAUGAAAACAAACUGCAGAUUGCGGAGUAACGAUUCACCUGCAGACGACUGAGUGAAGCGGCAGGAUGGCGGGGGGUCGGAGGGGACUUGUGGCCCCUCAGAAUACUUUUUUGGAGAAUAUUGUCAGACGGUCGAACGAUACCAACUUUGUCCUGGGAAAUGCUCAGAUAGUGGACUGGCCCAUCGUCUACAGCAAUGAUGGUUUCUGCAAGCUGUCGGGGUAUCACAGAGCAGAGGUGAUGCAGAAAAGCAGCACCUGCAGCUUCAUGUAUGGGGAGCUCACAGACAAGGACACGACGGAAAAAAUGCGACUAACAUUUGAGAAUUAUGAGAUGAACUCGUUUGAAAUACUGAUGUACAAGAAAAACAGGACGCCUGUUUGGUUUUUUGUGAAGAUUGCUCCCAUUCGUAAUGAACAAGAAAAAGUGGUCCUGUUUCUCUGCACAUUCAGCGACAUCACAGCCUUUAAACAGCCUAUUGAAGACGAUUCUUCCAAAGGCUGGGGAAAGUUCGCCCGGCUGACUCGUGCUCUAACAAGCAGCAGAGGAGUCUUACAACAGCUGCAGCCCACGGUUCACAAAGGAGAGAACGUCCACAAGCACUCCCGCCUCGCUGAGGUUCUGCAGCUCGGCUCAGAUAUCCUACCUCAGUACAAGCAGGAGACUCCCAAAACUCCACCUCACAUCAUCCUGCACUACUGCCUCUUCAAGACCACAUGGGACUGGGUUAUCCUCAUCCUCACCUUCUACACCGCCAUCAUGGUGCCCUACAAUGUCUCCUUCAAGAUGAAGCAGAACAACGUCACGUGGCUGGUGGUAGACAGCAUUGUGGAUGUCAUUUUUUUGGUGGACAUAGUUUUAAACUUCCACACCACAUUUGUUGGACCUGCCGGUGAGGUCAUCUCAGACCCCAAGCUGAUUCGAAUGAAUUACCUUAAGACUUGGUUUGUUAUUGACCUGCUGUCAUGCCUGCCAUAUGAUGUCAUCAACGCCUUCGAGAAUGUAGAUGAGAAUUGGAACCACCGAGCUGUCACUCAAGGCAUCAGCAGUCUAUUCAGCUCACUUAAGGUGGUUCGGCUUCUCCGGCUGGGUCGGGUAGCUCGUAAACUGGAUCACUACAUUGAGUACGGAGCAGCGGUCCUGGUGCUGCUGGUGUGUGUUUUUGGACUGGCUGCUCACUGGCUGGCCUGUAUUUGGUACAGCAUUGGUUAUUAUGAGAUUAUUGAUGAGGAAACCAACAUCAUUCGGAAGGACAGCUGGCUCUACAUCCUGGCUGAGACAGUGGGCACACCAUACUACUACAACGACAGCUCAGGGAACUGGGAUGGAGGGCCUAACAAUGACUCUGUCUACAUCACUUCUUUAUAUUUCACCAUGACUAGCCUGACAAGUAUAGGCUUUGGUAACAUCGCCCCAACGACAGACGGAGAGAAAAUCUUUGCUGUGGCCAUGAUGAUGAUUGGAUCCCUUCUUUAUGCCACCAUUUUUGGUAACGUGACAACGAUUUUUCAGCAGAUGUACGCCAACACAAAUCGUUAUCACGAGAUGCUCAACAGUGUCCGGGACUUCCUGAAGCUCUACCAAGUUCCCAAGGGCUUAAGUGAAAGAGUAAUGGACUACAUUGCCUCCACCUGGUCCAUGUCACGGGGCAUAGACACUGAAAAGGUGCUACAGAUUUGUCCGAAGGACAUGAGAGCUGAUAUUUGUGUUCACCUCAAUCGCAAAGUUUUUAAAGAGCACCCGGCUUUCCGACUGGCCAGUGAUGGGUGUCUCCGAGCACUGGCCAUGGAGUUUCAGACUACCCACUGCGCCCCUGGCGACCUGAUCUAUCACGCUGGUGAAAGUGUGGACAGCCUCUGUUUUGUGGUGUCAGGGUCACUGGAGGUCAUUCAGGAUGAUGAGGUUGUUGCCAUUUUAGGAAAGGGAGACGUAUUUGGGGACGUUUUCUGGAAAGAGGUGACUCUGGCUCAGUCCUGCGCCAAUGUGCGAGCUCUGACCUACUGCGACCUCCACGUUAUCAAACGCGACGCUCUGCAGAAGGUGCUGGAAUUCUACACGGCAUUUUCCAACCACUUCUCUCGAAACCUGCUGCUCACUUAUAACCUGCGUAAGAGGAUCGUUUUUCGAAAGAUCAGUGAUGUGAAACGGGAAGAGGAGGAGAGACGGAACCGUAAAAAUGAAGCCCCUCUGAAUUUGCCACCAGAUCACCCAGUACGAAAACUUUUCCAGCGCUUUCGACAGCAGAAGGAGGCCCGCAUGGUGACUGGGAAACCAGAAACAGAUGAACAAGACAUUGAGAAGGGUCCUCUCUAUGUGGACAUCCCCAAAAUUAAAUCAGCUAUUACAACUACCAGCAUUGUCACUGUAACAGAAAGCCCAGCUACACCUUCAUCUUCAACUCCUCAAUCGCCAUCACCUCUCAACUGUACGGUCGCAGACAAGGCAAAACUGCAAGUGCCAUCGUCCAUUUCUUUGGUUGGUGGCCGCUCUGCUGAACCACCCAAACUGAAAGGCUGGGGUCGCUUUAAGGAGUCGAUGGCCAAAGCUGACAACUGGAACACAGUGUCUAAAGCUGAAUCCAUGGAGACUUUACCUGAACGAACCAAGGUGCAAGAAUCCCCAAUCUCUUUAAAAAAGACGGACUCAUGUGACAGCGGCAUUACCAAAAGUGAGUUACGCCUGGACAAAGUGGGUGACUUCCGCUUGACACCUCAGGACCGCAGUCCUGCCCAGCCUCCAGAAAUGAGGCAUUUCUUCUACCCCAUCCCAGAGCAAACACUUCAGGCUUCACUGCAGGAGCUCAAGCUAGAGCUAAAGGAUGACCUUAAGAACCUAAAUGUUCGAAUGUCAGGCCUAGAGAUGCAACUCACAGAAGUGCUAAAACUCCUGAAAGCCAGCCAUUCAAGCUCUAGCUCUCCACAGCAUCUUUUUGACAUUUCUAGACCUGCUUCACCAGAAGUGGACAAAGAGGAUAUCUUCUCUUGAAGAAUGAAAGAGUCAUCCGGCAACAGUUGACCUUAAAUUCAGCUGAAUCCAGUAAUAUUACAGAUUACUCGGAUAGCUGAGACCACACUGGGUAUACCAUUUAGAUUAGGCAGCAGUGUAGUAAGAUGCACCAGCCUUCAUCCUAGGGUGUACCUACCUGGUAGCAAGGUAACGUCGUGCUGACAAGUUGAGGUCGUAACCUAGAUUUUUGUGUCUUGGAAUCUAAUAUCUGAAGGUUACACAAAAACUGACAGCUCUCUGUUUGUACAUACGUUUGAUUUAUCUUUCCGCUGCACUAUGAUGGAAAAAUACUUUGAGGGGUGGCAUUUUAUGAAAAGUCUGUUCAGAUUUUGGGGGAGGUAGGAGAAGGAGGUAUCUCCAUUGGAAGGUUCCAAUGGAAACAGCAUGACCCACUGGUUUGUUAGCAUUUGUAAGAGAUUCUUUGCAUGUCACAUAAAGUAGACGUCUGCCUCAAAUAGCAGUUGGCGCAUAUUUGAUUAAUUGAGGCCGCACGCCGAUCCAUUUGCAUUAUUUCACAUUGACAGGGAAAGAGGACAGUUUUUGCAGAUGCUGAAUCAAUCUUAAUGUAAUUUCCUCAAACAGUUAUGUAAUUAUAUCAGAUGCCAGAAUCAUUAUGAAUUAAACAACAGAUAACUCUGCCCGACCAAUCUGAUUUUCAAAAACAUGUUUGAGCGCAGAUCCUAAUUUCAAUAAACCACAAAUAGAUGUGCUUCAUGGAAAAUUGAAGGAAAUGCUAACUAGUGAGGCAGCAAUUGGCAAGUUAUCCCUCUUUCCUGAUAUCUAGGUUUACUAUGUUACAGCUUUGGUGAUACAUACAGUAAUUUUAUAGGUACUGACUGUGGCCAAAACCCUUACAAAUAUAGAAAGUAAUGGCGAUUUGCACAAUAUUUGUAAACUACAAUUUGUGUACAAUAAAACAGGCUGUUAGAAAGUGGACUGAGAUCACCAGACCAUUUUUGACUUUAAUGGUCCCUUAAGUAUAUUUUUACAUUUUAAUCCUGUUAACAUGCAUGAUUUAACAUUUCUG